AUGGGCUCAGUCUCACUCCCAGCGACUAUGCGAGGAGCACAAUGGGACCCGAAACAAAGUCGAGUCGUGGUCAAAGCAAUACCUGUCCCAACACCAAAACCAAACCAGGUCCUCGUCAAGAUAGCCAGUGCUUCCUUGUGUCGCAGUGACAUCUUGGCAGUUGAGGUACCUGGCCGUCAAGGUUCCUUCAUCCUGGGUCAUGAGAGAGCCGGAUUCGUCCAGUCAAUACGAUCGGCAGUGCCCAGGGGCAGAAUUGACUUUAAAGAUGGUGAUCCUGUAGGAUUUUUGUACAUCAAUGACUGCUGUUUCGAAACUUUCCGUCUACAGCACUCGGACUUGUGA